AUGGUUUCUCUACCUGUGUCCUUCCUUAGCUUAGCUUGGGCGUCAACAAUAGCUGAUGAGGUCUUUCACUGCGAAGGAGUCGACACGACUAUAAAGGACGCACCGAAUGUGAAAAAUAAACUUCUGCUCUUUCUAACGCAUUCAUUUGUUUUGAGCAGUAGACUUUUUUCCAUCGCUCUUUUCACCGUAAGCUACAAGUGGUGGAUCACCAGUGUUUUGAUCUUUCAUUCCACGGCAAUAGUGUUGUGUGACACUCUUUGGUUUUGUAGCAAAAGCGAUUGUAAUGCGGGAGUUACAGGUUUAUCGAUUUUCCAUUUCUGUUUUCAUUGGCUUCGAGAUGACACGUCAACGAGAAUACAAGAUGUAUUAACAGAAGACAAAAAGAAAGAGCUAAGAAGAAUGCAGUUGUUCUCCAACUUGCUGUUUUUCCUAGAAGACAGCACAAUGAUUUUGUUGUUUUAUUUUAGCCAGUUUCCCGGCCGCGCCUGGUACUCUUUGCCAGUCGCUGUUUGCGUCUGUUCUUUUGCUCUUCUUGGUGCCAUAAUGAGAGUUACUCACUUUUAUUUCUUAACGAAAGAAUCAAUUGAGGAACCAGAUGACCGGCUUUAG